GCCGUUUCCCCCUUUUUUUUUUAAUUUCCGGUAGAAUUUUGAAGAGACUUGCAGGACACCCACAGUGCUCAGACUGCUGCCCGUGCAGAGCCUGGCACCACAGGUGCUGGAGCACCUUCCCUCCUGUGGAACCCGUUCCCUGCAGGCAGGACAGCGCUGGGGACAGCCGGUGACCCGCGGGCYGCGCAAGGGUUUUGUUCAUUAACAGCAAGGAUUUCCUUUACCAAAGACAAUGGAUUACAAAACAUUACCUGUGAAUGAAUGGGAUGAGAGCCAUGUCAAAUGUUGGCUGGAAUCUACUGGAAUCAAGAAGAAGUAUACAGAAAAACUAUAUGCAGAAGAAGUGACAGGUCCAGCACUAAAGGAACUGGAUGAGACUUUCCUCAAAAAGAUGGGAAUGAAGGAAGGCCAAAUCCAGAUCUUAAUCCACAAGAGAAAUGAACUUCUGCAGCUCCAGGACAAGGCACAGCAAGCCAAGGACCGCAGCAGYGAAACACCCGAAAGAACCGAUGCACAAACAGGCACAGCCAGAGCCAGCAAUGCCCCCACUCAGGACACAGCGAGUGGAGGCAGCUCUGGUGCUGCAGGUACAACCAGCAGUGAGAACACAGCUCCUACUUCUGGCAAGAGGCAAAGAAGAGGCAAGAAAUCCCAGCUUCAAAAUGCUGAUGAAGUUUUAGAUGUCAGAAACUGUCGGCCAUUUAGAAGUCAGGAUACUGAUUUCAAGUACGUGAAAGACACAGUUCUUGCUCCAGAAACUGGASUCAGUGAUUUAAUCACUCCCUGCCAUGAAUACAAAUCUUUGGACACUGCUGCAGAACUGAACAAAGAUCAACUGCAAUCAAAAUUUGCCUCUGAAGUGAUACGGUUUGCUUCAGCCUGCAUGAACAUUCGAACAAAUGGUACCAUCCAUUUUGGUGUCAUGGACAGUGUUGAGGACAAGGGCUGGAUACAUGGACAGAUCAAUGGCAUAAAGGUCAAAAACAGGGAAGACUUUGUUGAUGCACUAGAUUAUAUAGAAAAAUGCUUUUGCAAUAAUUUACAAGAAAUUGCAAGGAAAUGUAUUCAYCCACCUGUGUUUGUUGAAGUGAUUUCAAAAGACUCUCAGGAACAAAGAUUUGUAGUGGAGGUUGACAUUGAACCACUAUUCAGCUUAGUAAAGAAGAAUUGUUUUGAAGUUUAUUUGCCAAAAUACAAYGAAAACAGUGGGAAAGUGAUCCUGACCAAAGAACCAACUCUCUACCAGAGAUUAGGAGCAAAGUCUGAACCUGUGCUGCGCAACAAACUCACUGCUUUCAUUCAGGCUAUGCAAGACAGGGAUGAUCAAAGAGAAAGAGYUGAGCUCUCCAGCACACAAGUAGCCACAGAAAUACCUCAAGAUUUAGGAAGAAAGUUAUCAAUUCUAUUAAAUAAUGGCAAAAGCUACAUGGAUGAUUCCCUACGGUACAUCCUUGUCACAAACAGAUGUGAACAGGAUAAUCUGAACUAUAUCAAUUUUUUAAUGCACUUGAAUAUCUUCUGUGUCUUUGACUUUGAUGAACAUUCUAAUGUGUCRGGGCUGUACCGCAAGUACAAAGAGCACCAUGAAACAAGUUCUUAUUUUUUACAGGAUUUUUACAAAGAAAUUAAGACUGAUAAUUCUCUCUCUCAGAAACUGUUUGAUCAGACUAGCUGGAUAUUCUGCAAUGGGCGCAGUGACUUCCUUGGGGAUGRAAAGCCUUGUGAUGAAAAUACAUGGAUUAGAACCAAAAAAAAACACCUGAAGAAAGUAAUUACUUGUAUCUGUGAGGAAGUUCUGCCAGAGGGCUCUUUCAUUGURCUUUUUCUGUUGCUAUCACCAGUGCAGAAACCACUUGUGGACACUUUUCAGGAAUUCUAUACAGAGAUGCAUGGCAUGCAAUACAUCAUGUGCAUUGCAGAGUCCAGAAAAAAUUACAGAAAGUGGGCUAAUCUAGCUCAGGAAUCCUGCAGCAUUGAGACAUUAGAACAAUGCAGUGUUGUGGGUAUGAAGCUCAGUCAUGUAGAUGCCACCAUUCAAUCAAUGCUGCCUUCUACAGCCCAACCCAGACACCUGCCAGCUUCCAGUGGAGGGGUGUGUACACUUCCCUUGAGGGAAGAAGAGAAACUGUAUUCCCUAGAAAUCCUUUGUGCRGACCAAUGUGAUGAUAUCAAACCAAAUCUUUGGACUGAAAAACAAAUACAAGAAAUAGAACAAAAUUUUUACCGUGGCAGGAAAAUCACGUGGGAAAACCUGUGGCUUGCUGAUAAAAAACRCUGUGGGGAUAUCAUUGAACGCGAAGCAUGCACGGAGGCAAGCAAACUCUUGGAUGGCAUUUUACGAGGAAGUGGACAAAGUUAUUCUGUGGCUAAACUGAAGAUAUUUCACCACCCUGGAAGUGGUGGAAGCACAAUAGCACGGCAAGUUCUAUGGAAAAACAGAAAGCGUUUUAGAUGUGCUGUUAUCAAGACCUCAUAUCUACCUUCAACCGUUUGCAAUCAUGUGCUUGCACUUAGAGAUUAUGAAGAAAAGGAAAUCACUCACUGUUUUCCCGUCCUCCUCCUGAUCGAAGAUUAUGAUGACGAGUACUUUGAAGAACUACGGAGUCAGUUAAUGGAGGCUGUCACAACCAGGCAAAUGAAGACCUCCAGACCUUACUUCAUCCUCGUGUGCUGCAAACGAUGCAAUGACCCUGAGAGGCUUUGCAAGGCUUCUCCACAGGACACAGUUGCUGUCACUCACAAGCUGACAGAGUCAGAGAAAAAUCUGUUCAACACAAAACUUGAAAAACUGAAGCAGAAAGAUGUCAAGCCAGAAUUCAUACUUACAUUUGUGCUGAUGUGUGAGGAGUUCAAUAAAACGUACGUAUCAGACUUGGUAGAGCACAUACUGCAAGGCAUUGACCACUCCUCUCGAGACACCUGCUUGAUACGUUAYGUGGCUUUGCUCAACUCUUAUGUACCCAAUUCAUACCUUUCACUGUCACACUGUGAGGCUUUUCUGGGGCUGGGGRCAUAUACAGACAGUAAUGUAAGAGSAUACAAUUUCAAACAUCACUUGAGUGAACAAGCGAAAAUUCUUUUCAUUGAGCUAAAUGAAAGUACCCCUUACAUUUCAUCUAUUCGGAUAAUACACUGCCUGGUUGCAAAAGAAAUUCUGCAUCAGCUAUCAGGCAAUCAACCACAAAGUCAACUUGCAACAACUCUUCUUCAGGAAAAGACACUCUUUGAAAACAGAUUUGGACGAAAAGAAUUCAUAACGUUUAUCAGACAUCUGUUUAUUCGACGUGAUAAAAGAAGCAGGGGUGACAACACUGAUACUCUCUUCUCCCCAUUCAUUGAACAUGUCUGUAAAGCUGAAGACUGUGAAAAAGCUAUUGCUGUUUUAAAAGCUGCAUAUGAACUCCUUGGAAAAGAUGCUUUUUUUGCCCAGCAGCUGGCCAGACUAAAUUACAGCAAUGAAAAAUUUGAAGAUGCAAAAUACUGGGCAACGGUUGCAAAAUCUCAUUUGCCAACUGAUUCUUAUAUUUUGGAUACAGAAGGUCAAGUCUACAGGAGAUGGUUUAGUUUCACUGUGGAUAAAAUGACAGAGGAGGACACCCCUGAAAGCAUCAUUGAGAAGAUAAAAAUUGCUCUUAAAGCUAUGGAAUGCUUCAGGGCUGCACAACAGGCUGCAAAGAACGAACGUGAAACAAUGAACAAUGCUGGCUAUUUUGGAGAAGUAGAAGUAGGUUGUCGCCUUCUUCGAUUUUUGUCCACACUCCCUGUAUUCCGCAGAAGUCCAGAGGGGGAAUAUACUGAGCUUGUGAAAUACCUCAUCACAGAUUACGUUCCUGAAGACAUAAAACCGUGGGGAACGCUUCUUCAUUCCCGUUUAAGAGGCUUGCGCCAGAAUCUGUACAAUGCUCUGGAAUGGAUUUCAGAAGAAGUAAGUUAUUUCCAAACAGAUAAAAACCAAGACAAGGAUGAUGAAAAUGAUGCCAACGAAGAACAAAUUUAUAACCCCAGAAAAUGGCUGAAAAGACAAUCAGAGGUAUAUGCUAAAUUCUUCAUCUCAGCAUCACUCAUUGAUGAUAGCAACAAAGGUCCUGAAACUCAGCUCAUCAGACGCAUGAAUAUUUAUAGGAGUGGUGGAGGAAAUGUCACCAAUAUCCUGUCAUUCCUAACAGAUAAGAGAGAGAACAGGGCAGCUGAAAAGCUAGAAAGUAUCCUUAGUUUCUAUCCAGAAAACCCACACAGGCUGGAGGACAGCGAGCUGAUCAAUUAUAUUUUGAGCCACAUCACAYUGGCCUGCUUAGCACCAGGAUCAGCCAAACUCCUUCCACUGCAAAUUCUUCGUGAGCUCAGUAAAAAAUUCCUGAAAGGAAAAAGACCRUUUCCAGCAAGUGCCUAUUUUUUGCUAACUUUGCUGUACUGGCCAGAUGAGGCAUUAGACAAAGAGCCUACUCCAGACAAAGAUGAUAUUUUAACUUCAGCCCUUCAAACCCURAAACGUUUAUAUGACAUCAAGAUGAAAGAUGUUUCUACCACAAAGAAAAGAAUCUACACCCAUUUUUUUCUGGGAAAGGGKUAUGACUUACUUAAGAUUGUGCACAAAACUAAAAUUGAUAAAUUGAUGGUGGGGUCCUUAGAUGAGAGGAGAAUGAAGUGGCUACAUGGAACUGUAUGGAAUAUUCCCGAAAUUCGUGACAAUCUCAAGAGAGUUUCUGGCUGGACCAAGGACAGAAAUAUAUUUAUACGUGGUCAYGUGAAUGAGAUCCGUAUCUUGCCACUCCAUCAUGAAUCAGUGCCUGCUGGAAAUGAAAAUGUAACCUUUUAUAUAGGCUUUUCAUUUAAUGGUCUUGUUGCKUUCAAUAUUGAGGUUGAAAAUGAUGCAGCCUUCGGAAGAGCAUAAGGUAGGUAAUACAUUAACAGAACACACUGUGCUCUUAGAAGGUACAGCACUGGAAGUGUCCACUGUCACAUUUAAAACUAAAAAUUGAUUGCCCUGGUUGAACACCAGGCAACAAGAAAAUCAGAAUUAACUACUAUAAUAGUGACCAAUUAACUAAAAAAAUUUGAAACUACUAGUAAAGYGUAGUUUGAGCCAUGCCUUUUAUAGUUUUGGAGUCAAGAAAGCAAGAUUUCAGAUCAAAGACAGCAAUCUUCCUUCUCAGGUCAUAGAUUAUGAUUUUAAGUUGAUUUCUUGGUCGUCUUGAUCAGUACAAGAAUUUGUCCCGGGUAACUAUGGUUUUCUUCUUUUAUCAGAAACAGAAAAGUUUUACACCAUGUACACUGCUCUGGCCGUAACAUACUUCACACUCUGAUGUGUAUGAAAUACAACUCCCAACUGCCACUGUCAGUGUAGAAGGAAUUUUAAAGCUGACUUUGCAAACAUCAGGACUGAUAAAAAAAGAGAUCUGCCUAACUCCUACACUGCUUCUCUGUAUAAAUGUUCCCUUACUAGACAUAUCUGUAUCUGGGGUGGGGUACAGAGAUGUGAGCAAUUAGACAUGGAUGACAUAAAACAUUACUUGUAAGCACUGUUAUGUGUUCAAACAAUUCCUGCACGUAGUGAAAUGAUUUUGCAUUAUUAUCCAAGGAAUGCGACAGAGUACAGAACUCAAAUUUGUCUAUAGCAUACACCCAUGAUUUGAAAAAUGSAAAGGAUUUUUGUUUUCRGUGCUGUUUACAACCAUGAUGUCAYAUUCAACUUCUAAUAAAGCUGCCUGUUGUUUYUAAGUUUCUUGUAAGACAGUGUGACUAAAACUGCCAAAAAAACCUGUCAUAUAACUUGUUUCAAUCUAAUAAAUAUCUUUUAU